ACCCGAGCAAAUUUUGAAGACGGACGAGCAGCAGCUGGAGAUUUAAGAAGCGUUCAGGUAAAAACAGGCUGUCGAUCAACACGUUACACGUUUUCUAAAAAGUAAUAACACGACAAUGUGCAAUAACGCAUUUAAUCUCAAAAAGUUACAGUAACAACGUUUUUUUUGUUAAAAUUCUUUACCACGUGAACUUGCAAUAGCUGCUAGCUUAGCUAACCAACAUCAGAGUCAUUUGAACUUUAGAUAGUUUCACUAAACAGGUGGGACCACGCAUAGCGCAUCAUUUAAAUGCCACACUAUCUUUUUUAUUCUGUGACCAUACGUGAUAAAUAUCUCAAAAGGCUCACAGUAAGACUUCAUUUUAGCAAUAAAAUCACUUGCGUUUCCUUAAAUGCAAGAUGGAUACGUUUAAUGCCAUACAUUGUAACAUUCCAGUAGCCUCUCCAUGGAUACCAGCAGGUGGCGGAAGCCCAUCAUAAAAGUUACAUAGUCACUACUAGUGAUGGGGCUUUCGACUCUUUUAAUGUUAUCCGAAUCUUUUGGAUCCGUUCAUUUUAAAGAGUUGUUCAAAUGACUGGCUCUUUUACCAUUUAUUAUAUGACAGAAGCCGAUGUGAACUCAUUUUAACGACAAACUAAUCACAGAGAAAUUACCGAGGCUUAAAUGUGUUUAAAAAGGUUCAAGAUGAGAAGUGGAGUGUGUCUACCCUUUAGAAUUAUGCAUAAUCUAAAUAAAAUACUGCAGAAUAAUUUAAAAAAUAACUGUUAUUAUGAUGUCAAAUAUGUUUUUUGUGCACAAAGCUCUCUGAUGUCACCUGCUCUGCCUCUGCUGAUUCUUGCGUCAGUUCAGUUGUUCAUCAGUAUAAAAAUAUAUACUUUUAAAAAAUGAUAUCUGGAUCCAACUAUUCACGUUAAGGAACUGUUAAAACAAAACACUACUUGUUCACAAACGUCACAUCACUAGUCACUAGAUAUUCUAUAGCGUGCCUUAACAAUUUUUUAUUUUUACAUACCUGUAUGCCUGCAAGAUAGCCUACUCGUGUGGAAUUCGGUGCAAUAAAAUGCCUAAAAAGAAGACUGGUGCACGUAAGAAGGCUGAGAAUCGUAAGGAGAGGGAAAAGCAGAUUCGAGCAAAUAAAAAACAUGUUGAUGUGGCUAAGCAUCCCUGCAAUGUCAAUAUGGAAUGUGACAAAUGUCAGAGGACACAGAAGAACAGGGCAUUCUGCUAUUUCUGCUCUGCUGUUCAGAAGCUCCCAGUGUGUGCUCAGUGCGGUAAAAUGAAGUGCAUGAAGCCAUCAGAUUGUGUCAUCAAACAUCCAGGCAUCUACACAACUGGAAUGGCAAUGGUGGGGGCAGUGUGUGACUUCUGCGAGGCCUGGGUUUGCCACAGCCGGAAAUGCCUGAGCACUCACGCCUGUGCGUGUCCUCUUGUUGAUGCCGAUUGUAUUGAGUGUGACCGGGGCGUCUGGGAUCAUGGAGGGAGGAUAUUCCGCUGCUCCUUCUGUCAAAACUUCUUGUGUGAGGAUGAUCAGUUUGAGCACCAGGCUAGUUGCCAGGUUCUUCAGGCAGAAACAUUCAAAUGCGUUUCAUGCAACAGACUGGGCCAGCACUCAUGUCUGCGCUGUAAGGCCUGCUACUGCGAUGACCAUGCUAAGAGCAAAGUGUUUAAACAGGAGAAAGGCAAAGCACCUCCCUGCCCCAAGUGUGGUCAUGAGACCCAGGAGACCAAAGAUCUGAGCAUGUCCACACGCUCCCUGAAGUUUGGCCGGCAGAGUUGCGUUGAUGAGGACAACGAUUACUAUAGUGGCGGUGCAUCCGGUUAUGACUCGUACUGGAAGAAUCUGGCAUCUGGUGGUGGAGGUGACGAGGAAGACUACGGAGAUGAUGAUGACGAUGACGAUGAUUAUGAGGAAGAUGAGGAAGAGGAAGAUGAGGAUGAGGAGGAAGACUCACAAGAAGAAACCACAACUGAGUCAAUGUCGACUCUGAAACUAGCGACAACUUCUUAGAUCAAAUCACAUUUUGCACAUUAUGGAGACCAAAUAUGAAAAUAGGGUUUUGCAACAUCCUUCUUGGAAUAUAUACACAACAUUAAAAAAAACAACAACAAUAAAAAUCUAUAUGAUGGCUC